CUUGCGGUACCUGCCACUUCAGUUUUGCUCUGUUUCCGUGACCAUACAAAGAAUCCGGAACAAGUUCACCUGUAACAUGAUAAACACUGAAACCACCCACAGCAGCUCAUCCACACUCUGACACCUCUUCAGAAAACAUCCCAGAGAGGCUCUGCAUAUCAAGUUUACAGAUAAGAUCUACACAUUUAUUUUUGUUUUCUUCCUUCCUUUUCUUUGGUGAAGAGUUUUGACAGAAGGUUUUCCACACAAAUGGGAACCAAUUGGCUCAUUAUUUGGAGCGUUGCGAUCACUUUAUUUCAGGCCUCCACAGUCGCGGCUGCAGAGGAGUCAUCAUGUGUGCCUGGGUUUCAGUCCAAGCUGUUGAUAUUGAAUGUGACCCACAAGCACCUGAGACGUGGCACAAUACUGGGCAAAGUUGGCUUCACUGACUGCUCAGACCACACAAGAUCCCUUUUCAGCUCUGAUGACAACCGUUUUCUGGUCCGGACAGAUGGGCUGUUAAUGGUAAAGAGACAGGUCAUUCUUCAUGAGGGGAACCAGCGCUUCUCCGUCCACUCCCUGACUGCACGAGGUCAGAAGCUGACUCUUCCUGUCAUGGUUUUGUACCGACGGAUUCACCACAGGAACAAGGAGCCGCUCGAUCACACUGAAAUGAGUUCCACUAAUGACACAAAGGUUCCCAUUCUGUAUUUCCCAAAAUCUAAUCCAGGACUGAAGAGGAGGAAGAGAGCCUGGUCUAUCCCUCCCAUUGGUUUUCCUGAGAAUUUCAGAGGACCUUAUCCCCAUUCUCUUGCUCAGAUUCGCUCUGAUGAAGAUAAAGUGAAGAAGAUCUAUUACAGAAUCACUGGACCUGGAGCAGAUCAGCCUCCUGUUGGUCUUUUCACCAUGGAUAGAGUCACUGGUCAUCUGUAUGUCACACAGGAACUGGACAGAGAGAAACAGGACAAGUACAUGCUUCAAGCUCUUGCCAAGACAGAGGGUGGUGCAAAUGCAGAGGAGCCUACGGAUAUUAUGAUCAAUGUAAUUGACCAGAAUGACAACAAACCUGUUUUCAAUCAGUCUACCUAUAAGGGAGAAGUUCCAGAGGCUUCAGAAAAAGGUUUUGACGUGAUUCAGGUUGUGGCCACAGAUGCUGAUGAGCCAAAUAAUGACAACUCUGAUAUCAGGUACCGUAUAAAGAGUCAGAAGCCAGAGGAUCCCAGUCCCAACAUGUUUACCAUCAAUCCAACAACUGGAGUCAUCAGAGUCAACGAAGCUGAACUGGACCGAGAGAAAGUCCCAAAGUAUGAACUGGAAGUACAGGCAGCUGACGACAAAGGAGAAGGUUUGACUGGAUUUACCAAAGUGAUUAUCAAAGUUACGGACCGCAACGAUCACGCUCCAGUCUUUACAGAGUCCAGAUAUGAGGCCACAGUUGAAGAGAAUAAAGUAGACGCUCUAGUUGUUAAGAUGUUGGUGAAGGACGGUGAUGAGCCUCAUACCAUGGCCUGGAAUGCAAAGUUCAGCAUCAUUGAUGGAGAUCCAGGAAAUCUGUUUACUGUGGAAACAGGAACAAACAAACAAGAAGGAAUCAUCACUACUGUUAAGGGUCUGGACUUUGAGAAAACCAGUAAGCACACUCUACUGGUCACAGUGGAGAAUGAGGCUCCUUUUGCUGUCCCCUUGGUCACUUCCACUGCUACAGUGGUGGUGACUGUGGAGGAUAUCAAUGAACCUCCCAUCUUUGAACUCAUAGAGAAGCAUGUUUCCAAAAGUGAGGAUCUUGCUGUGAACAGCACUGUGGUGCGAUACACAGCUACUGAUCCAGACGUUGGACGCAAACAGAAAGUCAUGUAUAAGGUGAUCAAGGACCAAGGUGACUGGCUCAAUGUCGACAAGGAAACCGGAAUAAUCACAGUGAAAACCCAAAUGAAUAGAGAAUCUCCACUUGUCACGGAGGAGAAAUACACAGCCCUGAUUGGUGCAUAUGAUGAUGAUCAGAUCCCAGCUACAGGAACCGGUACUUUGAUUAUUAAGCUGGAAGAUGUCAAUGACAACGCUCCCACCAUUGUUGAGCGUGAUUUUGAGAUGUGUAACAAGAAACCAAUUCCUCAUGUGCUGAAUGUGAUGGAUAAAGAUGGAACAGGUUUUACUUUUCCAUACAGUGUCAACCUGCGGCACGAUUCAAAGGCUAAGUGGACCGUUAAGAUGAACGAGAGUGGCACAGGCAUUAUCGUGAGAUUAAAGCCUGAUAUUGAAGAAGGAACCUACAAGGUGGCCUUGAGUGUUUCAGACAACCAAGGUCUGUCACAGGUCAGCACGGUCACAGCUAACGUGUGCGACUGCACUGGAACACCAAUCUGCAAGAAAUCAGAAUCAAGAGCUGCUGGCUCCAGUUCUUGGGUCAUUGCAGGAGUUCUUUUAUUGGUGCUGGUGGGAGCUGUGAUUGCCUUGACUAUGUAUUUAAAGUCGAAAGGAAAAAAUGAAGCUGGAGUGAAAAGAAAUGAAAAAAGUAAAGAUGAUGACAGGGAUGAGCUUAUUAUCUCUAAUGAAGAGGGCGGUGGAGAGAGCAUUCAGCAGAGUUAUAGUGAGAGUGUGCUCCACUUUGCUCUGACCAACAAGCCUGACAUGUCCAGGACCAUCAUGGCUCCUCCACUUGAAAGCGGUCCCCGGUACAGAACUCGGCCCACCAACCCAGAUGAGCUCAGGGAUUUUAUUGACCAUAACCUGAAGGUGGCAGAUAACGACCUCACUGCUCCCCCCUACGACUCCCUGCUGGUGUUUGAUUUGGAAGGAGGCGGUUCUGAAGCAGAAAAACUCUCGUCUCUGUGCUCCUCGAGCGACGGAGACCAGGACUACGAUUCCCUCAGAGAAUUUGGCCCUCGCUUCAAGAAACUGGCCGACAUGUACGGAGGAGGAGAGGAUGACAUGAUGUGAAUGUACCAGUACUGAGAAAAAUGGCUGCAUGCAUGCAGUCUGACUGUGACAAUGUGUGAAAUCGAUAUCUGUGUGACAAUGUGUAAUCAGUCCUAUUUCUUCCUCUUUCAGCUGUUCUUCAUUAGGAUCUUCAGGUUAAAGCCUUACAUUAGUUUUAGUUCUUCAUUUAUGAUUCUAUUCUUUAUUAGACAUACAAACUUGAAAGCUCAGUUUUACUGGUGUGAUUUGUGGAGAAUGUAACCAAUAUAGUAAGCACUUUUCCUCUUGUUUUAUUUUUUUUAUUAAUAUUUCCAUCAGUGUUUAUUUUUCAGUACAUUAGAUCCAUGCAAAGUUCUACAGCCAUUGUGCCAUUAGCAAGUUGAUGAGGUUGUUUUUGUUUUGUUUUUGUACAAAAAAAGAUGUCUGCAAUAUUUGAAGAUAACAUAUGACAAAUGCUUUUUAAUAAAUUCUUUAACUAAAUAUGUCUUUA